AUGGUUUUAAAGGAUAAAAGGAAAAAAAAAAAAUCGUCAAAAUAUACGAAAAAAAAGAAGGCAACUAACUUCACGGAAAGAGAAAAUAAAGUAAAAAGUAUGUACAGCAAUGAAAAAGAAUAUUACGAUGAAAGCGGUUUACUAAAUUAUGAUAGUAAUGAUGAUGUUUUAAUUAAGAAUGAAGAAUUAUGUUCAUAUAUGCUACAGUCAGGUGAUGAAUUAGACAAAAAAAGUGAAAAGGAAAAAAUGAAUUACUCAAAUAUAAAUAAAGGAGAAGAACAGCACAUUGAUUUUUUAUUAACAUCGAUAGCUUUUAAUAUUCCGUUGGGUAUGAUUUAA